UAUCAAAAUGCUCUCAAAAAACUCAACAGUUAUUUUCAGAGUUCAAAUUCAUUUGCUGCAGAAUUUAAAAGUUGUAUGUGUGAUCAUGAGUAUGAGGAUGAUUUUUUUCAAGCAUGGGAAUCAAUGUUAGAUAAACAUGGUCUUCAAGAAAAUAGCUGGCUGAAAUUCAUUUUUGAAGUUAGAGAAAAAUGGGCGAUGGUAUAUGGUAGAAAUCAUUUUUGCGCAAAUAUGACGACCACACAAUUGAGUGAAAGCUUCAAUAGUCGCUUGAGACAUUAUCUAAAGUCAACCAAUAAUGUGCUGGAAUUUUUUAGUCAUUUUGAAAGGUUACUUGAAGACUUACGCCACAAUGAGUUGGAUUCCAAUUAUGACAUGAGCCAGCGUUUGCCAGUUUUGAGAGUGGAAGUGCUUUUGUUGAAGAACUCAAGGGAUGUUUACACACCCAAAAUCUUUAAUUUCUUUCAAGAAGAGUAUAAGAAGUCUUUGGACAUGGUUGUUAAUACAUGCUAUGAUAUUUCACCAUUGUUUGAGUACAAGGUUUGCAUGUAUGGGUGUACUCGAGAACAUAAGGUUAUCUUCAAUUCUACAGACCAAACAGUUGUUUGCAGCUGUAACAAAUUUGAGUUUGCUGGGUUUUUAUGUAGUCAUGCAUUAAAGGUGCUAGAUAUUCAAAAUAUAAAACUACUUCCUUCUCGAUACAUUUUGAAGCGGUGGACUAAGCAAGCGAGAGUUGGAUGUGUACUAGAUAGCUAUGGUUGCAUUGUGAAAGAAGAUCCUAAGUUGGAUAUAACAAAUCGGUACAAAGAUUUGUGCCGUAAUGCAGUUAACAUUGCAAGUAAGGCUGCUGAAACUGAAGAAGCAUCUGUGUUUUUAGCUAAGAAGAUGGUUGAAUUAAAUCUUGAUGUGGAAAGGAUUUUGAAAAAAAAAACAGAUUUACCUUCCAAUGAAAUUGGGAUGGAUCCUUCUCAUAAUGAACAUGUAGAUGUUGCAUCUGUCAUAUCAGCUUAUAAAGCAACUGGGAUUAAGAAAAAAAUAGGCACAUCUCGUGUUAAAGGUCGGCCUAAAAGUUUUAUUGAAAAAGGAUCAAGGAAAAGGAAACAUGCUUGUGGAGAAACUCCUGUGACAAGUUCUACUGUCAACAUCCCAGCUUCUUUAUCUGUUAACUAUACACAAGUAACACAGGCAUCAAGCAUUGCGUCUGAUUAUUCUGCAAGGGAUGGUAGUGCUGGUAUUCAUUAGAUUCCAUGGAUGUGUACUUAGUGUGGUGGUAGUAUCUACAGCUUACCAUUAACAAGACCAUUGUGUUCUGUAGCAUGGGCAAGGAG